AAAUUUCGCCGCCCCAGCAAGCAGCUCAGCGUCGUCGCCCCGUGUCAACCAUGACAUGAUCCGUCUCCCAAGCGUGCUUCCCCAUAUAUACAUGCGGGAGCGCACGCGCUCACACCUCCUCUCACCAACCCACCAAUCACACCUUACUAGUUUAGCCAUCAGCUCCGAUCCUUGCAAGCGAGCUAGCCUAGCUUCUCCGGCCACGCGCACGCUUCCAUAUAACUCAUUCGAUCGAGCUGCUGGCUAGGGAUCUCACCGGCGGCUGUACUCGUUAUUAGGGCCUUCUUCGUAAACUUACCCGCCGAGGACUGGCCGUGCUAAAGUUUAAGGCGGCGCCAUAUAUACGCCGGAGACUGUCAUGGCCGACGGGCUGCCCCCGGGGUACCGCUUCUACCCGACGGAGGAGGAGCUGAUAUGCUUCUACCUGCGCAACAAGCUCGAUGGCAGCCGCGGCGACAUCGAGCGCGUCAUCCCCGUCGUCGACGUCUACUCCGUCGACCCGUUGCAGCUCUCAGAGAUCCACGAGAGGCUGUGCGGCGGCGGUGGCGGCGAGGGGGAGCCGUGGUUCUACUUCUGCGCGCGGCAGGAGCGGGAGGCGCGGGGCGGGCGGCCGAGCCGGACCACGCCGUCGGGGUACUGGAAGGCGGCGGGCACGCCCGGGGUCGUCUACUCCGCCGACCGCCGGCCCAUCGGGCUGAGGAAGACCAUGGUGUUCUACCGCGGCCGCGCGCCGUCCGGGACCAAGACCAAGUGGAAAAUGAACGAGUACAGAGCAUUCCAGCACGAGCACGACGGCGCCGGCGCACCCACGGCAACCGGGGGUCCCCACGCCGCUGCGCCACCGAACCUCCCUCCGCAGCUGAGAAGCGAGUUCAGCUUGUGUCGACUCUACACCAAAUCGGGGACACUGCGGCAGUUCGAUCGGCGGCCGGUUGCCGCUGCUGCAGGCGGUGCCGCUGGUGACAUUCCGGGGCCAUCCACUGCAGCCACCGCGUCGCCCGACGACGGUGACGGCUCCGGUGGAUCCAUGCACCCGCUUGAGGAGGAUCUGAUGGAGGGAGCUGGCGGUGAUCCAUACGGAGACGAUAUUGCCACAUUGGCUGCUCUUCUCUACUGGCCUACGGACUAGAUUAUGCAUUCGUUUCGCAGAUCGAAUCUUGAGUAGUUUCGUCUCCAUUGACAGAUUAUGCUCUAUCUAAAUCUGUAAAACAUGAGAUUCUGGACAAAAAAUGGUCUAUGAAUUUGAGCACUAGCUAGUUAAUUUGUACUGUGAAUUUGUAACAGGUAAAAGGGGGGGAAAGGGAAGUGACUAUUUCUUAGUCGAUUUAUUUGAAAUAACCAUUUAUCAAAGGACA